CCUCACUCAGUACAGCACUUACUAGGUAAAAAACAGCAAACGUUGGAAGGAGAUGACUCUCAUCAAUAGCAGUGGGAUUUAAUUUCCAAGCCCUCUCUCUUGCUCAGAUUUGGAGGGGUUACAUGAGUCUGCUUUUGGUAUUUCAUCCUGUGCCACAAUGUUUGCCAACCCUGUGACUUCCACUCCAUUUUCUGUCAAAGACAUUUUGAACUUGGAGCAACAUCAGACUGGCAUGUCUGCCAUGGACAUAUCUCCAAGACUGGACUCUUCUUCUUGCAUGCUCUCCAACUUCAAACAGGAGUCCUACCCUGCCACCCCUUGUCUGUCUGAUCUGAGUGAGGACAUGUCCCACAGAAGCACCUCCAAAGCCUCCUCACCUUUCCCUGGCUCAUUUUUUGUCAAGAAUUAUAUUGAAAUGGAUCCUCUUAAAGACCCCAAGGAAGACAAGAAAGGUAAAUGUGGCAUGUUUCUUAUAUUCUAAAUAGGCAGCCAAUGGGAUACACACUCAUUUAUUUGGGGAUUGUAUUAUUCUGUUACUGAUCUCAUUGUGAUUGUAUAUUUAGUAAAGAGGAAGGCUAAGGAUAAGGAGUUACAAUGUUUUAAUGUAAGGCACCUUAGAGCAAUUUGAUACUCCAUUGCUGCUAGCCUCUAUGGAUAUUGACAGUAUUUUAACCCAGGUAGAAUCAGUAAGAAAAAUAACAAAAGGAACAUUGUAUUCAGUAAUCAUGAUAAUGUACCCAAAGGCUAAACUUGGAAGGAUCUCACUUGUAAUCAGGAGACCAGGCAAAUAAAUGGAGUUCAUCUGCUUGGUGGGUAGACUGUCAAUUGUCUGAUAGCAUCUCCUAAUAAUUUGCUAAUUAUUCCAUUUCCAUACUAUUGUCCACUUAAUGUAUCUUAUCUGCAAUCGGUUUAUGAGUCGCCAAGGCUUUUAAUGAAUGAUUUAUUUGUUUAACCGGUUGUAAUCUUAAUGGUGAUACAAUGCAGGCUCUCAGCAUGCAGGACUCCAGCCCGUGACGUCACGGGGCAGGAGAUGUCAUGGAAUUGGGCUACACGUGUUUAUUUUCAAUGUCUGAUCACACGUUAAAUAGUAUGUUGUCCUUAUGAUUUAAAUUACUCAUAUAUAUAAAUGUAUAUAUUUACAUUAUUUAUAUAUAAAUAUGUCUAUAUUAUAUAUCUAUAUCCAAUUAGAGAUUAAAUCUAAUCUAAUUGGUUUGAUUGACAAUAAUAAUAUAAAGAGAGAGAGAGAGAGAGAGAGAGAGAGAAAGAGAGAGAGAGAGAGAGAGAGAAAGAGAGAGAGAGAGAGAGAGAGUGUGUGUGUGUGUGUGUGUGUGUGUGUGUGUGUGUGUGUGUGUGUGUAGUCAAAUCAAAAAUAUGCUUUUAUUCAGCAAUUUUAGUGAAUACAAAUCAUGUCAAAUAUAUAUAAUAUUUUUAUAUAUCUAUUUAUUUUUUUAUUCCAGUCCAGGAGACUGCUUAUUGUACUUGCGUUCUCUAAAAGAUAAUGCAAAACACCUGAAUUAUUCAUUCAAACCAAUUAUUUAAAAUAUUAAAAUAAAUUUAAUGUUCAUGUAAAUAUUAGGUGAGUGAGAAUAUAAACGGUUAGAUUUUCAUGUAAACAUGUUCAAUGUGUUUCUACACACACAAACACAACACAGAACACACAUAGAUACACAUACUUACUACAUACCAAUAUAAUCUGUUUUCAUAUGAGAUAGGAAAAUUACCCUUAAUAACCUCCAGAGAUUCCAGAGCUGACAAACCCAUUGAGCUCCAUUAGUGGAAGAUAAGAAAUCGGGAAAAAAGCGUUUAGCAAUAAAAUGUACUGCAGGCGCUUUAACCUGCUGUCCUUCCUAAUGAGCACAUUAGACGGUUUGCAUUGUAACAAGGUGUGCUGCUGGUGUAACUUCAGAAGGCUCUGCAUUGUAAAAAGCUGCAUAAAUACUACUAAUAUAUCGAUAUAUAGAUAUACACAAAUAUAUAUGACACUUCAUACUUUUAUAUAUGAAUUUGCAGGCGCUAUAUAAAUAAUAAAAUAAUAAUAAUAAUAAUAUUAUAAAACACGGUGUGCUUCAGUGGCUCUGCAUGGAAAACACUUCCUAUAUAACACUAUCAUAUAAUAUAUAAUAUUAUAUAUGGACACUAUAUAUAGUAAAAAGAUGUAUGUAUGUAUAUAUAAAUCUAAUAUUAAAAUAAACAGUAAACGGAGCACUCCUUAGGAAUUUUUUUCAACCGUGCAUUUUACAAAUAAUCAACGUUUUGACCCUCCUGGGUCUUUAUCAAGAUAAAAAUAAUAUUAUAUAUGGACACUAUAUAUAGUAAAAAGAUGUGUGUAUAUAUAUAUAUAUAUAUACAUAUAUAUAUAUAUAUAUAAAAUAUUAUAUAUGGCCACUAUAUAUUGUAAAAAGAUGAAGUUUUCUUAUAAUACCUUAUUUUAUUAACAGAAUUUGACAAAGAGAAUUUAAAAUUCAGUAUAAAAUAGCCUAAAUGAAAAAAAUGUCAAGCUAUGCUUUCAGGCUGGCUACUGUGGCCUUAAAUUUGAAAUUUACUUUGAAUUCACUUUGUAUUCUCACUAAAGUAAAUAACCAUGUAACCAUGUAAACUUAGAAUUUUAGCAAAUAAAUCCGAAUUGCAAAAGAUAUCUCCCACAAAUCAAUUCUUGGCUACUUUAGCCCCAGGAUUAAAUUGCUCAAAAUGUAACAAAUGUAAAAAUCCUGAGUUUCUAAAAAGUUUUAUAACGAGAGAUAGUUCAAUGUGUCUUUGUGUUCAUUUUAUAUAUAUAAUCAAAUGGUUAUAUAUAAUAACACAGUUAAUGCAGUUAAACUGUAAAUUUGUUGAGAGUUAUAGCCUUUAAACUUCCUGUAUUGCUUUGUUUGUGAAACUAGAAUGGAUUCUGUACUGUUAUGUGAUAAGAUAGCAUUUAAUUUGCUAAAUGUAUGCCCAAAUUCCUGAAACGGAAAACAAUUUCAUAACUCCACUAUAUAUCUAAGUAGUUUUUUUUUUUUUUGCAUUUUUCUUAUUGUCUAAAUUUAGGAAAUGCGGCGAGUCUAACAGUAUCCAAGAAUUUCUAUAUGUAAAAUUUAUUGCAUAUAAAGUAAUAAAAAUUUUUGUCAGUGCAUCUGUCCAGGGUAUAUGAAGCUUCUGGACAAUAUAGAGUUUUUAUAUUAUUAUUAUAAUAUAGAGACAGCAUUUUCUGCUGUAUUUGACAACAAGUAAUUAACAUACAAAAUAAUACUGACAGAGAGAAGAGGUGAAGAAAGUUUUACUCAGAUAAGUUGACAAUGUACGAGAUAUAACACAGUGACAAAGAGAAAUAUGCACAUUUAGCAAAAUUAUGCACCUCUAUACAUUAUAUUCUUAUUCUACUAUACAUAAUGAAUUAAAACGUAGGACCUAUAUAGUCUAAUAAUAUUAUUGUUUGUGUGUGUGCAUUGACUCUAAAGAGAAUUUCUCUUGUAUCAUCUUUGCUACUGAUUAUUGAAAACCAAUACAUUUUCUUCCUACUUCAGAUCUAUGCCCCUUGCAAAAAAAUAGAGAUAACGACAAGAGAGAUUUGGACGAUCCCGACAGACCAAGGCAAAGGAAGAGGAGGAAGCCUCGAGUUCUGUUUUCCCAAGCACAGGUAUAUGAACUGGAAAGAAGAUUCAAACAACAAAAGUACCUAUCGGCCCCAGAGAGAGACCACUUAGCCAAUGUCCUGAAGUUGACAUCCACACAGGUGAAAAUCUGGUUUCAGAACAGAAGGUACAAAUGCAAAAGGCAGAGGCAAGAUCAGACUUUGGAGAUGGUGGGUCUUCCACCACCAAGGAGGAUAGCUGUCCCUGUGUUGGUGAGAGACGGGAAACCAUGCUUAGGAGAGUCUUCUCCUUACAAUUCUCCAUAUAAUGUCAGCAUCAACCCUUACAGUUACAAUACCUAUCCGCCAUACUCUAAUUACAGUAACCCAGCCUGCAGCAGUAGCUACAGUUGCAGCUAUUCAACCAUGCCAAACAUGCAGCCUAGUUCUGCUGGUAAUAACUUCAUGAAUUUCAAUGUCGGGGACCUAAACACAGUGCAGACUCCAAUUCAGCAAACCAGUGGUGUGUCCGCACUUCAUGGUAUCCGAGCCUGGUAGGACCAGGCCUCGUAACCUCAGAAAGCACUCAAUAAAUUAUAGUGGCAUUGACUACAAAGAUUGGAAAAGAAUUGCAGAUACUUGUGGUACAACAGAGACGUUCUGCACUCAACUAUGACUAGAUGUGACUUAUUGGUACUAGAGAUGCGUGUUUGAAAAAAAAAAAGAGAAUGCCCAGAACUUGUUGGUCUACAGGAGAUAUCUACAGAAGAUACACCUCUCAUCCAGGGGAGUUUAUUAUACAUAUCUAUAUAUAUUUUUUUUGUUCAUGUCAUGUAGUGUUCAGACUUUAAGCACCAUCAAAAGGUAUUUACAGAUUACCUAAGUGUGUCAUUUUUAUGUAUUUAACCCUUUCACCACAGGAUUAUCCCUUUGAAUGUCAUGGCGGCUGUUCCAGCACAUGACUGUGGCACUCAAAGGCUUAACCACCCGUGCAACUUAAACACAAGGGAUUGUGUUGACUACUACUGGGGAAAUUAUUUAAAUGUGGAGUUUCAAACAAUAAACAAAAGAUAUUUGUAG